CGUGACAACUUUGUUUGACGGUACAGCGCAUUGUCAAGUCCGGUCUGUUUGUUUCUCUUCUACGAAACUCUGUUACGAAACAAAAGCAUUUAUAAUGUUUAAGUUUGCUAACUUAUCUAAAGUAUUUGGAACUAAUGGCUUCGCUCGCCUCAACUCUACCUCAGCUGUAGCAUCUGCUACGAAAGUAGAUUGGCGGCCGCCACGUGCAGUAUGGUUGGAAAACAUGGAUUCGUUAGAACCACAACACACCGGAAUCAUGGAAUUGGACAGUUCAAUAUUUGGUGCUGCGCCGCGAAUUGACAUCGUUCAUCAAAACAUUGAAUGGCAACGGAAGUACCGGUUUGUUAGCUUUGCUCACACCAAAACGAGGAACGAAGUACGAGGAGGAGGAAGAAAACCAUGGCCUCAGAAAGGGCUGGGCAGAGCACGUCACGGUUCGAUCCGAUCCCCGCUCUGGAGAGGUGGUGGAAUUGCUCAUGGACCGAGAUCUCCGACAACACACUUCUACAUGCUGCCUUUCUUCAAUCGAGUGUUGGGCUUGGUUUCUACCAUGUCGAUUAAGUUAGCGCAAGACGAUUUGCACAUCGUCAAAGAUUUAAACAUCCCCACGGAGGAUCCACAGUACUUAAAAGACUUGAUCGCAGCGCGUUUUUGGGGGCCGUCUGUGUUGUUUGUCGAUACGAGCGAUAUCCUUCCAAAGAACAUAGCCAUCAGUGCAGAAAACAUAGCGCACGUAAAUUUAAUGCCAACGUAUGGAUUGAAUGUGUACUCAAUGUUAAAACACAACACCGUCGUCCUUACCGAAAGUGCAGUGCGAGACGUCGAGAAGAAACUUUUAGAACAUUUGAAUCGUAACGAUGCCCGAGCACAAAUGACCAAAUUCAGAUAUGAUAAAUAAAGUGUAAACAGACACGCGCUGUUAAGUUAACAAAG